AUGACUCCAGAGCAAAGUCGCAAGAGGCCUGCCUCUGAUGAGGAAUCUGUCUUGCUGCUCGACUGUACCCUCGUCAACGUCGAGAAUUGCCCUGAAGUUCUCGAAACAGUGGAGAUAGAAGUCGAAGAACCAGGCACAGUAGCACCCAAAAGACACUGUGGCGAUGCGGGAGCUCCUGAUUGUGUUUCGGGAUCCACUCGUCUGUCGCCCGCCGAGGAGAGACAAAGGGGGCUUGUCUCCGCCACCAUCAACAUCAAUUCGAAAGUCCAACAGAAACUCUCAGAGCUGAGGGACCCAUUCGCUUGGAUGUGCAUCUGCCCUCCCAAGUGGAACAUCGAUACGGGCGGCCUCGACUACGAAGACGAAGACAGGGACGAUGAGUAUCAAAACAAGAACAUCUGCGACAACGGCAAGACUUGCAUCUGCACCAAGCCCGCCGAGGUCUACUUUGACCAUCCGUGGGUGAUCACCUACGCUGGCUAUUUAAAGUGGACGGCAACUCUAAACAUGGUUCCACUUCGCUGCCCCGAUGUGUUCGGGAUAAACAUUUCAUGCGAUCAUGAGGCCUACGGAAUGCUGGAGAUACUAGAGAACUUGGUUGUCGAAUAUGACAAAGUAUCGAAUUGGAGGGAGAAGUGGAUGGUCUGUGAAGCUCUGAUCAUGUUUCUCCUUGGACCCGGGAUGCAGUUCUCCAAAAUCCACAAUGGUGACCGAGCUGAUGCGGCAGCCGAGCUCGUUGGCGCCAUGUUUCUCGACAUGCUUGCGGUACUCGAUCAGAACUUACUCCUUGGAGACGGCGACUACAAAGUCGAGAACCUCGGUCUAAUGUUGGCUCUAUUCAUCAGAUUCGCCAAUGAAAUGCGCCAGUGUGAUUUACUCCGAGCUUCAAGACCGCGGCCAAAGAUGCGGAUGAACCCAAAUCGCUUCGACGACUGCAUACGCGAGUUUGUUCGAAUUUACAAAAUCACUACUAAGGUUCUCCCUAGUCUCGAAUCUUCAACGGUUGUUUCUGAUACUGGCAACAAGUUCGAAGUCAAAGCUGCCUCGUGGUUAUUUCAAUGCCACCUGGAGGCUUAUACCAUGGCCUACGCCCCCAAACCGUGCGAGGCUGGAACAACCGCGACAAUUGGCGGGGACAGGUUUGACUUAACGACUUGGAGCAGCAUCGACCGUGCGUGGCAUAGUUCCAACGGAUGUGACCCUUUGAACAAGGAGGACAUCGAUGCGCUCAGAGCGGGAAGGAUGAUGCAGGUCAUGUAG